GGUAAAAUUAUAUGCGUUUUAAGGCGGGUUGUAUGGAACGAAUGGAACAGAUUCGGAUUCUAGAUAAAUUUCUAAGAAAAAAUUCCAUUAGAGCAUAGCUCUGGAUUUCGAGCCCGCCAAACUUGAAAAAGCUAUCUUCAAUUAAUGCUACGUUAAGACAUAAGUAAGUAUUAAAAAUAUGACCUUCAUAACACUCCCGCUAAUAUUAAGUGUAGACAUUAACUUAGUAUUAAUUAAAGAUAGGUUAUUUUAAAAUUUUGGGGGGCUCAAAAUUUGGAGCUAUAAUGGAAUUUUUUCUUUGGUAUUUAAUGUAGAAUACGAAUGUGCUAGGAACGAUGUCGAAAAAAUACCCGACCUAAUGCAUUUAUUCAAUUUAUUAUACGCCUUAAGGUAGCGUCAAACAGAUGCGGUAAAAAAUUUUACGAUAUGCGAUCAAUACAAACCACUGCGGUAUAGCACCGCAGUGUGUCGUAUCUCACCUGUUUGAGAGCGUUUGCUUUUUAUCGUUAUCGCAAAAAAUACGAUAUCGUAUCGCACCGGUAUUAUCGCAUCUGCUUGAGGCCACCUUUAGUAUUUCGUGUUUCCAUAUUGUUUAUUUCAGCGUGAGACGGUUACAUUAAGGAGGGCGUGGGAAAAUAUGAAGGCAGUCGCACGAAAGGCUCGGGCAGUAGAAAGGGGUAAUUUAUUUCGAACGGGCGGUGGGCCACCGGUGCCAUCAACAUCACGGCAAGUAGAAGCAAUAGUGGACAUGGUGGAAGAGGCUGCUCCCGCAAUGAUUUGCGAAAUCUCCAACAACUUUGACAGCGAUGGGGCAAUUUUGCUAAACAUGGAAAAUAGCCAAUCUAGCUCCAUUGAGUUUUUAGAUAUGAUCACGGAAGCAAAUGAGGAAUCCGACGUAAACUUCAAAGCCAUAAGCAUAAAUUAUGAAGGUGAACCAAAUGUUGCAGUACACAGUAAUGAAACUGGCCACCAACCAACAAAAGUGGAAAAGGAGCAAGUACGCAGACCAAGCGACUACGUUCGGCGGGAGGCAGCAUUACGGCUGGAAGUUGAGCAAAUAAAAAAAAGAGCAGCCUUGUUGGAAGAGCAAAAAAACCAAGUAUUACUACAAAAGGCUAAAAUAGAUUUUGAAGAGGCAAAAAAAAAUCGUUCAAUAAAUUAA